UUAAGGUUAUUUGCCUGUUUAGAUAACCACGUUAUAUAUUGCCUUCCUUUGGAUGUAUGCUUUGAAAGGUAGGCGUCGUAGCCUAGACGCGUGUUAGAUUGGAUAUAGGUUACACUCUGUUCCAAUGAAGUGACUUCCUUCGCACUUGCUGAACCAAAGUUCGUCUUUCAUGAGGUCUUCGAAACACCAUGAAGUUCGAUGACGUUCUCCGCCAUGUUGGCGAGUUUGGUGCGUACCAGAAACGGAUUUAUUUCCUUCUUUGUCUUCCUGCAAUCACACAUGGAGCCCGGAUGAUGGUUAGUGCAUUUUUGCAGUACGUCCAGAAACACAGGUGUGAAAUACCCGGCUAUGACAACGACACGUACUCAGUUCAGUCUGAGUACCACCAGGAACUCAUCAACUCCACCAUCCCCUACAGCUUCCAAGAUGGUCACUUGAUAUAUGACCAGUGCCAUGUGUACACGAACUCUACGGGUACAGUGACAUUGGAGAAGUGUAACCGAUGGGUGUAUGACAAAAGCCUGUUCCUCCAAACGGCAGUGUCAGAGUUCGACAUGGUCUGUGAAGACGCCCUGUUGACGUCACACUCACAGAUGUUGUUCAUGGCUGGCUUUCUGGUGGGGGUCUUCGUCCUCGGAGCGUUUGCAGACAGGUAUGGCCGGAAGCUUGCCAUCUAUGUAUCAAUGGUCAUCAAUCUGGUGGCAGGCAUAGCCUUGGCCUUUGCCCCCAACUUCUACGUGUAUGUUGUGCUGCGGUUCCUGUUAGGGGCGUCCACCUCCGGUUACUUCACAGCGGCCUAUGUGCUCGGUCUGGAAAUCGUUGGCCCCUCCAAACGCAUCUGGGCUGGAAUGGUCAUCAAAUACUUCUUUGCUCUUGGUCUUCUCCUGAUUGACGGACUGGGCUACGUGAUAAGAGACUGGCACCACAUGGAGCUUGUUGUCACGUGCCUCGUAGCUGUGUUCCUUCCGUACUGGUGGAUAAUCCCCGAAUCCCCAAGAUGGCUCCUCACACAGGGCAGGAUACAGGAAGCGGAAGCAAUCAUCCGGAAGGCAGCUGACGUCAACAAGGUGACACUACCCGACAAGCUUUGCGCAGAAUCCGAUGAGACUCCCGAUGAAAGGGCAGGAAAUUUGACUGCGUUCCUUCAGCUGUUUACUUCCUCUGUGCUACUAUUUAGAACCCUCAUCAUUUUCUUUAACUGGUUAGUGACCAGCAUGGCGUACUAUGGACUGUCGCUCAACACACAAGACCUUGGCUCCGACAACUUCUUCUUGACGUUCUUCCUGGCCAGCCUGAUGGACUUCCCCGGCGUGACCUUGUGUCUGUUCCUGCUGGACCGCGUGGGCAGGAAGGUCAUGAUGUGUGGGUCAAUGCUGAUUGGCGGCGUGGCCUGUCUCCUCACCAUCUUUACCAUCCUCUACCUUGGGGAAUCAUACCAGUGGAUCACAAUCACGCUAGCGAUGAUCGGGAAGAUGGGUACAGCAAUGUGCUUCGCCGUCGUCUACGUCUUCUCUUCGGAACUCUUCCCAACCGUUGUGCGCAACGUCGCCGUCGGCGCCAGCUCCUCCUGGGCAAGAGUCGGUGGGAUGAUUGCUCCCUACGUUGCAGAUGCGGGGAAAUUAGUGGGAGGUGACUUCGGAAGAGCUCUGCCGCUGUUGGUGUUUGGGGCGGCGUCUGUGGUGGCGGGACUUCUAGCACUGUUCCUGCCCGAGACCUUGAACAGAGAUCUCCCGGAGACCAUCCAAGACGGCAUCGCAUUCGGCAGGACGCCACCUAAACCCAAACCUCCAGUGAUCAUGACAGCCUAUUGUGUGGAUGACCAAAUCGAGGGGGACAGAAGGAGGGGUAGUGCGGACGACCACAUCGAGGGGGACAGAAGGAGGGAUAGUGCGGACGACCACAUCGAGGGGGACAGAAGGAGGGAUAGUGCGAAAGACAAAAACCUGGAGGAUACAGACAAAGAACAUCACCAGCACGUGGCUUGAAGUGUCUCCUCAAGAUCUCUCGUGUAAUCAAGAAUGAUAUUUAAGCAGUUGAUAAUAUCAUGCUGGUGUGGCAAAUGUUAUCUUAGUGUGUCGGUAUACUAGUAAGGUACAUGUUAUCUUAGUAUACCGGUAUACUAGUAAGGUACAUGUUAUCUUAGUAUACCGGUAUACUAGCAAGGCACAUGUUAUCUCAGUAUAUCAGUAUACCAGCAAGGUACAUGUUAUCUUAGUAUAUCAGUAUACCAGCAAGGUACAUGUUAUCUUAGUAUACCGGUAUACUAGUAAGGUACAUGUUAUCUUAGUAUACCGGUAUACUAGCAAGGCACAUGUUAUCUCAGUAUAUCAGUAUACCAGCAAGGUACAUGUUAUCUUAGUAUAUCAGUAUACCAGCAAGGUACAUGUUAUCUUAGUAUACCGGUAUACUAGUAAGGUACAUGUUAUCUUAGUAUACCGGUAUACUAGCAAGGCACAUGUUAUCUCAGUAUAUCAGUAUACCAGCAAGGUACAUGUUAUCUUAGUAUAUCAGUAUACCAGCAAGGUACAUGUUAUCUUAGUAUACCGGUAUACUAGCAAGGUACAUGUUAUCUUAGUAUACCGGUAUACUAGUAAGGUACAUGUUAUCUUAGUAUACCGGUAUACUAGUAAGGUACAUGUUAUCUUAGUAUACCGGUAUACUAGCAAGGCACAUGUUAUCUCAGUAUAUCAGUAUACCAGCAAGGUACAUGUUAUCUUAGUAUAUCAGUAUACCAGCAAGGUACAUGUUAUCUUAGUAUACCGGUAUACUAGUAAGGUACAUGUUAUCUUAGUAUACCGGUAUACUAGCAAGGCACAUGUUAUCUCAGUAUAUCAGUAUACCAGCAAGGUACAUGUUAUCUUAGUAUAUCAGUAUACCAGCAAGGUACAUGUUAUCUUAGUAUACCGGUAUACUAGCAAGGUACAUGUUAUCUUAGUAUACCGGUAUACUAGCAAGGCACAUGUUAUCUCAGUAUAUCAGUAUACCAGCAAGGUACAUGUUAUCUUAGUAUAUCAGUAUACCAGCAAGGUACAUGUUAUCUUAGUAUACCGGUAUACUAGCAAGGUACAUGUUAUCUUCGUAUACCGGUAUACUAGCAAGGUACAUGUUAUCUCAGUAUACCGGUAUACUAGCAAGGUACAUGUUAUUUUAGUAUACCGGUAGACCAGCAAGGUAUAUGCUAUUUUAGUAUAUCGGUAUACUAGUAAGAAACGUGUUAUUUCGUAUAUCAGUAUACUUGCAUGGUAAUGUAAUCUUAGUAUAUCGGUAUACUAACAUGGCAUGUGUCAUCUGAGUACAACGUAUACUAGCAUGCUAUGUGCAACUGUGGUAUGUGCCCGUCACUGCAAUACCACCCUGGUAUGUACAAACACACGGUCUACAUGUAUGAUGUAUGCUUUUACCUCGGUAUAUGUUACGGUACAUGCCACGAUAUGUCACGGUAUAUCCGUAAAUUGUAUAUGCUAGCAUGACAUAUCUUCUUACAGCAUAAGCUAAAACGACAUUUGCUAUCAUGGUAUAUGUUGUCGUAGUAUAUGCUACUAAAUUAUAUGUCACCAUACAAUCAAGGUAUACAUGAUCAUUUUAUAUUUUAGCAUAGUAUAGGCUAUCACAGUAUCCGCUCUCACUUUACGUAUACUGUCAUGGUAUAUGCUACCUAAGUGUUCUGCUAUCACGGUAGUCUACCACAGAAUAUAUGCUGUCAUGUCAAUGAUAUCAUGGCAUGUGCCUAACUCACGGGAUCCGCGACCACAGUAUAUAUGUUGUUAUGGUAUAUGCUACCAAGGUACAUGCUACCUCAGUAACAGCUAUCACGGCAUGGUCCACCACAGCAUAUAUGCUGUCAUGGUAUAUGCUACCAAGGUACAUGCUACCUAAGUAACAGCUAUCACGACAUGAUCCACCACAGCAUAUAUGAUGUCAUGGUAUAUGCUACCAAGGUACAUGCUACCUAAGUAACAGCUAUCACGGUAGUUCACCACAGCAUAUAUGCUGUCAUGGUAUAUGAUACCAAGGUACAUGCUACCUAAGUAACAGCUAUCACGACAUGAUCCACCACAGCAUAUAUGCUGUCAUGGUAUAUGCUACCAAGGUACAUGCUACCUAAGUAACAGCUAUCACAGCACGGUCCACCACAGUGUAUAUGCUGUCAUGGUAUAUGCUACCACGGUACAUGCUACCUCAAUAACAGCUAUCACGGUAGUUCACCACAGUAUAUAUGCUGUCAUGGUAUAUGCUACCACGGUACAUGCUACCUCAAUAACAGCUAUCACGGUAGUUCACCACAGUAUAUAUUCUGUUAUGGUAUAUGCUACCACGGUACAUGCUACCUCAAUAACAGCUAUCACGGUAGUUCACCACAGCAUAUAUGCUGUCAUGGUAUAUGCUACCACGGUACAUGAUACCUCAAUAACAGCUAUCACAGUAGUUCAACACAGUAUAUAUGCUGUCAUGGUAUAUGCUACCUAGGUACAUGCUACCUCAAUAACAGCUAUCACGGUAGUUCACCACAGUAUAUAUGCUGUCAUGGUAUAUGCUAUCACGGUACAUGCUACCUCAAUAACAGCUAUCACGGUAGUUCACCACAGUAUAUAUGCUGUCAUGGUAUAUGCUACCACGGUACAUGCUACCUCAAUAACAGCUAUCACGGUAGUUCACCACAGUAUAUAUGCUGUCAUGGUAUAUGCUAUCACGGUACAUGCUACCUCAAUAACAGCUAUCACGGUAGUUCACCACAGUAUAUAUGCUGUCAUGGUAUAUGCUACCACGGUACAUGCUACCUCAGAUGCUAGAUCACGCUUAUCCAUAUUGUGUUGCAUAGAUUUCCACUGCAGGGGAUGUAUCUAGUCAAACUGAACUGACUAAUAUGGUCAUGUUUUUUAUGACAUUAAGUAUUCUUUUGAAAUGUAAUGAAACAUAAGCAGUUUUACCAAGCAGUUAACUAAAUGUGCUGAAACAGGAAUUCACACCUACGUUCACCAAAGAUCAUUCAUCCUGAACAUCUGAUAUUUGCUUGUUGGGAAGUACCAAUUGUAUCGAGAUCCAGCUGUAUAGGAGGCAGUGCCAGUUUUGUAUAUGUCUGUGAAAAUCGUUGUGAAAACUGCGACAUCGAUGUACUCAACAGGCACUUCCAUCAACUAUUUACAAAAGUAUGCACAAAAUUUCAAAUAUGGAAUUAUUUUGUUGAAUGCUUUACUCAGAAAUAAAGAUUUACUCUUUGAAAA